AUGUUUACUGCUGUUGGAACAGAGAGGGAGCUAGAGAAAGCUGGUAAGAAAACCAAAAUGAAUGUCAUCCUUAUUGAAGCUGAUGGUUUGCAACUGGAGUGUACUUUAUUUGGUCAAUAUGUUGAUAUGUUAAAUGCAUUUCUGGCCUCUGGAGAGGAUCAACAUGUUGUCAUUGCUUUGCAUUAUUGCAAAGUGAAGACCUUCCAAGAUAAAGUUUCUAUUCAAAACUGUAUGAACUGUACCAAGAUUAUCUUUAACUGUGAUGGUGAAGAUGCAACCAAGUUGAAAAAAAUGAUGUGGGAUAAUACUGAAUCUCCUUCUCAAGCUCUUACCCAACUUUCUGCUUCUUCUAAAGUUAGCUUAGAAGAUGAUUUCAUUAAGCUGCAUCCUAGGAGUUCAAUUGAAGGUCUAAAAGAUUUUAAGCAGGUUCAAAUAUUUGUAUCUAUGUUCAACAUGAAUUUUUUUAUUUAA